CUCCCACUUUGAUGGUGGCCUGAACUGGUGAAACCUAUUUAUGGUUAUAACCAAGACAUGAUCUUAAACCUGAAUACUUGGUUUCCUCUGCCCAUUUGUUCCUUUCUUACCGAGCGCUUGCAUCCUAGUUAACACAUACUUGUUAAUAAAUCUGGGAGCUGGUGCAUUGAUCCGGGUUUCAUUAUGGCUAACAAUAGGCGCAUUAAUUUAUCUAUUCUAUGGACGAACACACAGCUCGCUCAUAAAUGCCAUAUAUGUGCCUGUGGCUUAUGCUGAUGAGAUACACCGAGCAUCAUCAAGUCAUCUGGUCUCAAGUUAAUCCAAGACACACUACAGGUUCUGAAGCAUAUAUCUCAGAAGGCAAUACCAGCUGCAUCCUAGACAUUAUUUAUCCUGUCCUGCAUCAUUGGAUCUAAAUUGAAUCGAUUUAUCAAAUCAAUCUUGUGUUUGCAUAGCAAUGUCCUUAUGGUAAUCUCAGUUUAUGGACCUUUUACGCUGAAAGUUGAAACAUUAGCCUCUUUGGCGAUGUACAAAAAAUGGUUGCUCCAUGGAAAGAUGGAAGAGAAGGAAACAAAAUACCACAACAGUCAAAGUGUGGACUGACAAUUGUAAUGAUUACUCCUUGUAUUGUGUAGCUGGUCCCUUCUACCUUAAUAUAUGAAAUUUAUGAAGCUUCUGUUUUGGCAAUUUUGAAAAUUUACAGUUCCAAUUACAGGCAUUUGCAUCUAAGAGAGCAAAAUAAAACACCAAAUUAUCU